UCGAUUUAUUUUGAUUAUAAACUCAUUUCUAUACAAUAAACAUCAUGUUACGUACCAAUUAUCGUCGUCUCGCGCAUCAGUUUAUGAAGGAGCCCAUGGGCAACGAGGAAAACACCUUUUCGCGUGCUCAGCGUACUCGUCGAAAUGUCUUGAAGCAUAUUAAUGGCUUAUAUUUGUACACUGGCGCUGGCUGCCUAUGUGCGCUAUACUCAUUCAUUUCUGCACAUAAUCGCGUAUACAGUUGCGUUGUAGCUGAUGGAAAAAUGGGUCAAUCAACUUGCCCAACUGCAUGGUGGAACUUUUAAGGAGAACUUUGGAGUUUUUCUGUUGAUAUAUAUGAACAUUUGUGUUCCUUGUGGUGUAGUUUCUCUUUCAUUUAGGAACGUUUUAUGCGCACGUUGUGCGUGCUCAUAUGACGAACAACAAGUUAUUUAGCGAUAGCAUAGGACUGCUUAUCAAAUCGUUUUCAUCGAUUCGUUCGUAUGUUUUAAUUGAACGAA